AUCUCUCAUCUUAUGAUAAAUAGAUGUCCCAUCAGUGCACACGAAUUGGUACACUGCCUGUGCACCUGAUCAGACAUGGAUGCCUCACCGUUCCUUGCACUGGUGCUCAUUGCCGCACUCUCCCUCCUGCUCCUUUUCGCCAUCAGGAAGCCGUCUCACAACCGCGGAGAUGCCCGGCGUCGUCUACCUCCGACGCCGCCGGGCCUUCCCGUCGUCGGUCACCUUCCCUUUCUUGGCUCCCUGCCUCACCGCAAGCUUCGAUCGAUGGCCGCGUCGUACGGCCCCGUCAUGCUCGUCCGCUUCGGCCGCGUGCCCACCGUGGUGGCCUCCUCGGCGGCCGCGGCGCAGGAGGUGAUGAAGACCCGCGACCUGGCCUACGCAAGCCGCCCCAGGAUGCGCAUGGUGGAGCGCCUCGCCUACGGCCGCGACCUGGCCUUCGCCCCCUACGGCGAGCACUGGCGACAGGCUCGCCGCGUCUGCGUGCUCCACCUCCUCAGCCAGCGCCGCGUCAGCUCGUUCCGCCAUGACCGGGAGCAGGAGGCCGCCGCGCUGGUCGACCGCGUCCGCAGAGCAGGUGCCCGGGACGGCGCCGUCAACCUCACCGCCCUCCUCAUCUCCUACACCAACGGCAUCAUCUGCCGCGCCGCGUUCGGCGACGACGGCAGCUCCUGGAAUUACGGCGGCGAGAAGCUCUCGAAGCUCUUCGCCGACUUCGAGGAGCUGAUUGGCGCGGUCACCGUGGGCGAGUUCGUGCCGUGGCUGGCGUGGAUCGACACGCUCAUGGGGCUGGACGCCAAGGUGACGCGCACCUACCAAGAGAUGGGCGCCCUGCUCGACCGGGUCAUCGACGACCACCGGCAGAGGCGCCGUGCCGGGGGCUGCCGGAAGGACGGCGAUCACCGGGACUUCGUAGAUGUGCUCUUGGACGUGAACGAGGCUGCGGAGGAGGAGAACGACACGGACGCCGCCCGUGGAGUCAUGUUUGACAACGGCUCCAUCAAGGCCAUUAUCAGGAACAUGUUCGCCGCCGGCACCGACACGACGUACACGACGCUGGUUUGGGCCAUGGCGGAGCUCAUCAACCACCCAGACGAGAUGCGCAAGGUCCAGGACGAGAUCCGCGCGGCCGUCGCCGUCGCCGGCGGCGACCUCGUCGUCACCGAGGACCACCUGGAGAAGCUGCGGUACCUCAAGUGCGUCAUCAAGGAGACGCUCCGGCUGCACACGCCGGUGCCACUCCUGCUGCCCCAUGAGACGAUAGAGGACACUGAGCUGCUCGGCUACCAUGUCCCAGCGCGCACCCGCGUGGCCGUCAAUGCCUGGGCGAUCGCACGGGACCCCGCGACGUGGGAGCGCGCCGAGGAGUUCGUGCCGGAGCGGUUCGCCGGCGACGACCUCAGUACGGACUACUUGCCCGGGCAGGACUUGAGGUUCGUGCCGUUCGGCGCAGGGAGGAGAGGAUGCCCAGGGGUGGGGUUCGCUGUGCCAACCUUGGACCUGGCGUUGGCGAGCUUGCUGUACCACUUCGACUGGGAGCUGCCGACCGCCGCGGGGUCCAAGCUGGAGAUGGACGAGGUGAGCGGGCUAUCCGUACGGCUCAAGGCGACCCUGUAUUUGGUUGCUAAACCAUGGGCUCCUCGGUAAGAUCACACAGCUAGCCUAGCGUGCAGUGGUUUGUCUGAAUGCAUGACGACUGACUAAGUACAAGAAAUAAGUUAGAUGUGUCAAAUGAAAGGCAUAAGAAUCUGUGUCUAGGGCGCUUAUUAGCUUCCAGAGGUGAGGUUUUAGUCCGUGAGGAGAGAGUAAAAUAAAUUACUCGUUCGUUUGGCUGAUAAGCCAUGACAGAAAGUACUGUUGGCUGAUUUGUUGCGAGAGAAAAAUACUGCUGAAUGACUAACAGAUUCGGCUGCUGAUAAACUCAAGCGAAUAGUACGGUGAGCGCAGAUUCCCCACUCCAAUUCAUGGAGUGGUUGAUUCCCCACUAGGCAGAUUCCUCACACUCAUCAGACUUCUUGCGGAAAGCAUAUGUAUUCCAAUUCCUCGCAAGAUUGUCUUUUGUAAGAAUUAUUAUCUCCUUAGCUUCUCCUUCUACCUAGUUUGUUAUUAUAAAUCUUUUAGGGGUGAACAAUGGCAUCU